ACUCCGUCAGUGUAAUCAUUCAGUGGAAGCGUUCGUCAAAUUCACAUAUUAAAUCAGCCGAACAUGCGCGUCGUGUAUCUCGUGGCUUUGGUUGGCCUGGUGACUUCUGAUGGAGUUGGAAAACUUGACAAGAUAAUAGGUUACAACUGGACUGGUAUCGUUGAAUAUGGAAAUGAAUCGAAUAGUCACAAUAAGAGGAAUAGAUGUGACACAGAAAGGUUCGAAGCAACCAGAAGUUUCUGUACAUGUGGACCCAGAACACACGUCCCAGUUUUGAGAGUGGAUGGAGAUAAAGUGCCAGUCAUUAUUGUUGAUUCACCUGAAGAACUUCAAGAGGUUUUGAAGUUGGUAUGUGAUUGCAAAGGCACUGCGAUACCUUUCUUAUUUAUAUUUCGUACUCUCAGUGAUGACUAUUAUCUUUUUUAUAAUUCCUAUUCCUCCAUUACAAAAGCGUACGGUUUGAUAUCCAAGAAGAUACCUACAAAAGCUGAACUGGAGGAAUUUAUCUCGAAUAAUGACGUGGUGAAGGGACUUCAAGGUGAUAUCCUGUGUGUCAAAGACUAUAACAACAACAAAGAAUCUACGCUCAAGAUGGCUGGUACUCCAGAUACGACUGACGCUGCAGACGUUGAUGCCGGUGCAGCAGCAUUCUGGAGUAGCGUAAACAAGAAUAAUGUGUAACAUAAUGUUGAUAACAUCGUUAUUAUUGCUACAUGAUUAUUGGGUAGUUUCCUAGAUCAAAGAUAUAUUACAAAAUUCUGAUUAUUCAAUAAAAACAGAUCU